UUAAUAUUUGCCUAUUUAAGCAAUGUGCCCUGGUGCAGCCUGGACAUAGAGGUAGUCACCAUGACUGAGUUUGGAGAUUUUAUAAGUGCUCUGGGGGAGUUUGGGCUAUAUCAGAAAUGGCUGGUACUGUUCCUCUCCCUCCCACUACUUCUUAGUCCUUUCCAAAUGAUUGGCCAAGUGUUCAUGGUUGUGGAUGUGCCUCAUCACUGCAACACCAGCUGGAUCCGUGCCAUCGGCCCCAACCUGACCGAGGAAGAGCAGCUGAACCUCACCCUGCCCAGGGACGCAGGUGGGGCGUAUGAGCAGUGCUCCAUGUACUCACCGGUGGACCGGGACCUCGGCUCCAUCAUGGCAUAUGGCCUGAACGCCACGGAGAAGUGCAGCAGUGGCUGGGUGUACCCCUCAGCCCCACCGCCAUCCCUGCUGACCGAGUUUGACCUGGUGUGUGACAGGAAGGACCUGAACGACAUCUCCCAGUCCGUCUACAUGGUGGGGCUUCUUCUAGGAGCCAUGAUCUUUGGGCCACUAAGUGACAGGGUAGGCCGACGGCCAGUCUUUCUGAUGUCCAUGCUCCUCCAGUCUUUGUUUGGUGUAGGGAUUGCCUUUGUGCCCCAUUUCUAUGUGUACAUGGCCUUCAGAUGUGUUGUGGGGGCUUCAGUGUCAGGAAUUCUGAUUACUUCCUUGGCCUUGGCUACAGAAUGGGUUGGUGUCUCCUCUCGGCCAAAGGCAGUGCUUAUUUCUCACUGCUUUGUUGCCAUCGGACAGAUGCUUUUGGCUGGCUUGAGUUACGGUAUUCGCAACUGGAGGCUGCUGGAGAUUGCAGGAUCUGCUCCUAUGUUUGCCCUUUUCUUCUACAUCUGGGUGCUACCAGAAUCGGCUCGGUGGCUGGUGACAAAAGGCAGGAUAGAAGAAGCUAAGAAGCUCCUUCAGAAGGCAGCAUCCAUCAACAAGCGCACCGUCCCACCAGGACUCCUGGAACAGUUGAAGCCUGAGACACAGACCAAGUCUGGAAGUAUUCUGGAUCUCUUUCGGAAGAAGCAUCUUCGGAAGGUGACAUUAAUCAUGUCAUGCACCUGGUUUGCAGACAGCUUUGUCUACUAUGGGCUGAGCCUUAACGUGACAAGUUUUGGUCUGGACAUCUAUCUGACACAGUUUGCCUUUGGGGCAGUGGAGUUACCCGCUCGAUAUUGCUGCAUUUUCCUGCUGCAGUGGUUUGGGAGGAAAAAAACCCAGGCAGUUCUCCUGCUGCUGUCUGGCCUGAUGUGUCUUGUCAUCACUGGCAUCCCUGAAGACCAGCCCAUUGCAACCACCGUCCUCGCCGUCAUUGGCAAGUUUACAGCCACAGCUUCCUUCUCCACCUCCUACGUCUACUCCGCAGAGCUCUUCCCCACAGUCGUCAGGCAGACCGGCACGGGGCUGUGCUCGAUGUCGGCACGGGUGGCAGGGAUCAUGGCCCCGCUGAUCCGCCUCCUGGGCCAGUACCACCGGGCCAUCCCCAUGGCCAUCUUUGGGAGUGCCCCUGUGGUGGGGGGGCUGCUCUGCAUCCUGCUGCCUGAGACCCGCGGCACUGACCUGGUGGAUGACACGGGGGUGGCCACCCCCGAGCUGAGGUGGGUGCCUAGAACUCUGAAUUUAACGCAAAAAAAUUCCAAACGUGCAAAUAUAAUGCAAAGAGAAAUAUGUCAGAAACCAGAGCGGAAAAAAUAUCAUCUCUUCCUCUUUCUUUCUUGUCUUCAGCAACAGAAGUCUGGAAAUUAUUGGAAGGUCUGAGGACUCUUCCAACCUGUGAUUCUGUGAAAUUGUGUCCAAGAGACACACCACAGAGGAUGGAGUAGACUUGGAGAAGGACGUCUACAGAUGUUUGGAGAGCAAGUGAUGAAUGGACAGUGUAUACUAAGGGUCUAUCUGAUCCAACAUUUCUUAAAGCAGACCAGUGAGGCGUUGCUGCCUGGAAAGUGGUCUUUCAGAUGAUCAACAAAAUAUCUGUGGUCAGAGGGAGAGGAGACCUGUGUCACCCUGCGUUUGGAAAAGAUGCACUUCAAACUGUUCCUCAAAGCCAGGCUGCUGUGCCUGGCCGCGCGAGUCCUCCCGACGUGUUUCCCAGUCCUUUGCAAACUGGUACCCGUGGAACCAUCCCUGUCAUGUUUUACAGCAAUAAAGAAUCGCCAGUAGAGUGGUAGUACUGGGCAAGCGAGCGCCGGGCUGCGUCCCUCCUGCACUAAUCGCUUGGGUCGUCAGCCUUCUCGUCGGUCCAAGCCUCGACGUUUGAUCAGGAUGUCACUGAAACCCUGUCACACACGUAUUUAGCUUUUAUUUCUAUGUGGUGUUGAAUUUGAGUUUCUACAUGAAUAAUAUAAAUUAUACUCUGAGUUUGAUAAGAGACACUUGUAAUGCAAUAUGUGAAUAAUAAAUGGUGUUGAUUUUUUUUUUUUCUUC